CACAGUAACUCUCGAUCGCCUUUCAUGAUUCAAGUGGUUGAAGAUGGACCAGCUGUUAACAGGGAUAACGCAGUCCAGUGUAUAAAUUGGAAUUGGACCAUGUGGAGUUAUCCUUUCGGUUGAUUAAUCUCAAGAUAUCCUAUCACAGAGUCUGCUCGAGAUCUUCUUGUCCACCGUCGUUGUUGUUUCUUUCUUGAUACUCUCUUCAAAAAUAUAAAAAAGAAAGAGAGAGAGAACGAAUAACUCUAUAAAAGUAAUACUGCUUUGAUGUCCUCGUUGUUGAGUCUGUCCUCUCCAUAAAGUUUUACCCUCAGCCAGUAUCAUAAGAGACAACCUGACCAGAAUCAAUCCUGUUCUGGACGACCCGCUUGGCUAGUUUAGCUUCCAUGGAUGAUCGCGGGCAUAUGGAAUUGGUGUGGGAAAAUGGUCAGGUUCUUAUGCGAGAAUUGCCCAGUACUAGUAGCUCAUGCACCAGUUACACUCCUCAUCCUAUAAAAAAUGUUAGUGAAGUCGAGAAUAAUAGUGAUGGCUACACUACAAAGAGGCCAAGGUUAGGAACUGGGGAUUCUAUCUUGGGCGACUUUCCUUUGAUAGAUGAUAGAGAACUCGCCAAGCGUGACAAAUCUUCGCAAGACGAUCACCAUCCUGAGUUAUUCUCUGAAUUAUGUGAAACUAAUCUCAAUAUGCUCUUGGAAAAUAAUGAAAAUAACAUUUAUGAGAAGAAUAUCACGGACGCCCAUGUUGUUCCGGGGUAUAAAGAUGCAAAUUGGCGACCGGGGAAUGCGUCCGAGUUUCCAGCUGAAGUUCCUCAGCUUACAACAGCUAGUAAUGGUCAGCUAUAUCAGUCUUUCUUGGAGCAACACAAAGCUUCAGCUCCACUAUUCCAUGGAUUGCCCAAUUCAAAGCUGCAGCAGGUGGAUUCUGGAUCUGACAACCACUCGAGGUUGCAGAACUUGUCCCACAUUUUAAGGCCAGCUCUUCCUAAACCUAAUCACGGCAGUAAUGCAACAAGACCGACAAGCGGUCCUGGAUCAUCAAGACUCCAGCAACUGAAAAGCAACACUGACGAGCCUCCAGCAGGUUGUAGAAAUCUUGUUGAGUCGGGACAGAUGGUGCCGACUUAUGCUUCAAAAGUUUUUAAAUAUUUCAAUGACCAACAAUAUCUAUUGGCAAGUCAGAUAGUUCCUAUGGGACCAAUUGACAGGUCUGCAGAAGCGUCACCCCCAGAUGAGCUAUCUGAAGCUGUUCUCCAUAACUAUGCCACUACCAGUAAGAGGUGCUGCGAUCGGGUUUUCGGUUCAACCUCAGGCUCCGCGGAAAAAACAAUAAAGGGGAAGCCUGAUAGAGGAAAAUCUAUAGAUCAACUGACUGCAACUAGUUCAAUAUGCUCACGAGGAGCUUCAAAUGAUCCAACAUCUUCUCUAGAAAGGCAAUAUGAAGACACAGAGGGGACAGCGUAUUCAAGCGAUGAUCUUGAGGAAGAAGAACAAGUACCUACUCGAGGGAGUGCAGGUUCCAAGAGAAGGCGAGCAACAGAAAUCCAUAAUCUGUCUGAAAGGAAGAGAAGAGAUAAGAUCAACAAGAAGAUGCGUGCAUUACAAGAUCUAAUACCCAAUUCAAAUAAGGUGGAUAAAGCUUCUAUGCUUGGUGAGGCAAUAGACUACCUAAAAUCCCUUCAGCUUCAAGUACAGAUGAUGUCGAUGGGAACUAGGCUUUGUAUGCCUCUAAUGAUGUUACCAACAGGAAUGCAACAUAUACAUGCACCACUAUUAGCUCAAUUUUCUCCUAUGGGUGUGGGGAUGGAUACGAGAUUAAUGCAAAUGGGUGUUGGAUGCAGUCCAGCAACAUUCCCAGCUUCAGGCAUGUUUAGGCUACCAGCUGGUCAGAUGCUACCCAUGUCGGUAUCACAAGCGCCAUUCUUUCCUUUGAACAUCGGAGGGCAUUCCACACACUCAUCUGUUCCGAUGCCGGCCAUGUCUGGAGUGGCCAGUACUCCUCUGGAAUUUAUGCGCUCAGCUGUCUUUCCAAGUUCAAAGGAUAUUAUUCACGCCAAUACAUCAGCUCGCAAAUGAUAAGCAAUGGAGGCGUAGCUUCUAGCUAGUUUGGAUUGUACAAGCAUCGAGUCCAGGCUUGACGUGCUUUCAGUUUCAUUAUUGGAGGAAAUGAAUUAAUGGCAUCAACUGUGAAUUAACAUAUACAUCUUUAUAGUUCCAAA